AUGGACUUCCUCACCCUGUUCGGCUACGUCGCCGUGGUGCUCGCGUGCAUAGCCUUGGUCUGCAAGCACUCGGGGCGGCAGCAGACCCCGCUCGGCGUCCUCCUCGGCUCCGUGGGGAAGGUGGUCGCGCCAAUAACGCCGCGAUGGCUCCAAAGGUUCAGCCAGAGGACCCUGCACCGGCUGUUCCACCGACGGAACAACAUGUUCAUCUACCUGCACGUGCUGCUCGAGGGGGCCGUGUACGCAGAGUUCACCUACGAGGUGUUUGGCUUCUGCAGGGAGAUGGACACCACCCUGACCCACCUGACCGUGCCGUAUGUCCUGCUGGUCCUCCAGGCCGUCUUCUUCUACCUCUGCGCCAGGAGGGAUCCGGGCACGGUGACGAAGAAGAAGAUCUCUGGCCAGCUGAGCCUCUAUCCUUACGACGGGAGGCUGUUUCACCCGGGAGUCUCCUGUGAAACCUGCCAGCUCAUCAAACCGGCUCGCUCCAAACACUGCCGGGUCUGCGACCGGUGCGUCCAACGCUUCGACCACCACUGCGUCUGGGUGAACAACUGCAUCGGCGCUCGGAACACGCGCUACUUCCUGCUCUACCUCUUCAGCGUGUGCGCCAUGGCGGGCGACAUGGCCGUCCUGACGGGGGACAUGCUGUUUCACGCCGUGCUGCGGUCGGGGCUUCUGAGGGCCAGUUAUGUCGACGAGUACGGCGAGCAACAGCCAGCGGGGCCUCUGUUUGUUGCACAGCACCUGUUUCUGACCUUCCCCCGAAUCGUCUUCAUGCUGGGAUUCCUGGUCUUCGUCUUCUUGCUCCUGGCGGGUUACGCCCUGUUCCACUUCUACCUGGCUCUGGUCAACCAGACCUCCAACGAGUGGUACAAGAGUCGAGGCUACACGUGUCAGCACUGCCAUCCAGAUGCCACAGCGGACCGUCUGCGUGGCCCGGCGCCGGACCACUUUAAAAGAAACCACUACAGCAGGGGGCUGCUGCGAAACCUGGAGGAGAUCCUCUUCCCCCCCAAACCUGUGCAGAAGAAACUCAGCUGAAGAAGAUCUGUCUCUGAGAACUGCUGUUAACUGAACUGAGUGUAUGGGGGCUCUGGUGUGGAUCUCCCUUAAGGCUUAUUGAAAAGUUAUGCACACAAUGGUGAUCUUUGUUGGAUAAAGCCGUUGUCUGUUAAUUAAAUUAACAAUUCAUGUUA